AUGUCAACGGUACGGCCAUACCUCGAUAUCAUGCCAAGAGGAACAAAUCUGCAUUUGCGACGCCUACCACCAAAUAUUAUUACACAAAUAAAGCGUGAAGUUGCGUCAGAACUAUCUAUAAAUUUACCUGCUGAUCUCCGCAAUGCUGACGAUGAACCAGUGGCCCCAGUACCGGAGGCCAACAGGCCACCCGCUGCUUCUGAGCUGGAAUUCGAAAGGAUUCAUUUGCUUUAUGAUGGAGUGGACCCUAUGAUGGAACCUAGACUUUCCAAACUAAUUUAUAAUAACAAGACUAAACCUAUAUUGAGUGAAAUCAACAAAAUUCUGGAUUCCAAAAUAACAACUGAUAUACCCAUCGAAAAUCUACACAGCCUUAUUUAUAGUGGAGCAGCAACGGUGCUAACACUAAACAAGCAGAAAAUCUCCACGGACACACAAAUUAAAAAUGUCUCAGUCACGCCAGCAUGGCAGCGCCGAAUUACUAAUAAAAUCGAUAGUAUCAGGCGGGACAUAGGAAUUCUGACACAAAAUCAAAGCUUGAACCCCAGCAGCUCAGUCACUAAGAAAGCCAAGGCCAUUCUUGGAAGGGAGCAAAGACUCGAAAACCCAACAGCAACAGAAAUACUGGAUCACCUUAAGCAAAAGCUCAAGGCUAUGGCUAAAAAGCUCCGACGGUAUAAGGAAAGUAACACAAGACGUCAACACAAUAGUCAGUUUAGCAGGAGUGAAAGGAGCUUUUAUAAAAAUUUAGAGUCAGAAGAUCACGAGCCUCAAACCCUGAAAGAAAAUAAGGUCCCCACACCAGAGGCCACGAAAACGUUUUGGGAAUCAAUCUGGGGGAACCCUGUGAUUCACAACAAUACCAGAUGGCUGUUUGAUGAGAAGAGGUCUACAUCUAGCCUCCAGACUAUGUUGGAAUGGGAAGUAACAACCGACCAAGUAACCAAGGCUAUAAACAAGACCUCGAAUUGGAAGGCACCUGGACAGGAUAAAAUACAAAAUUUUUGGUAUAAACAAUUCAAGGUCAGUCAUCAACAUCUAGCCAAAUGUUAUACUCACCUGCUGUCCAACCCUGAAGAACUACCACCAUUCAUGACCAGUGGUAUCACUUAUUUGUUACCAAAAACGAAGGUGUCCUCAAAAGAUCCUUCCAAAUAUAGGCCGAUCACCUGCCUUCCUACAAUAUAUAAAAUAUUCACGUCCAUCAUAUCGGAAAAGAUAUACAGCCACCUGGAAAGAAAUAACCUGUUGGACGAAGAGCAGAAGGGUUGCCGAAAAGGAUCCAGAGGGUGUAAAGAACAAUUGAUAAUAGAUACGGUCAUCACAUCUCACGCGAAACGCUCAAAAGGCUCUUUGCACACAGCGUAUAUAGACUACCAAAAAGCGUUUGAUACCCAGCCUCAUUCCUGGCUAACCGAGGUGUUACAGCUUUAUAAAGUCGAGCCCCAUGUACUGAAUUUACUGAACUACGCUAUGUCUCAGUGGAAAACCAGAAUUGUUUUAAACACCAAUCAAAAAAGUGUAGAUGCAGGCACCAUUAAAAUAGAAAGGGGAAUAUUCCAAGGGGACGCAUUAAGUCCGCUAUGGUUCUGUCUGUCGCUACGACCCCUGACAACUAUGUUGAAUAUCAAGAAAAAGUUGAUGUCAUCCCAAUAG